AGAAUAUAAAACAAUCGAUAACUGUUAUGUUUUGAUAUUGCCAUCUCUAAAUAAUUCUCCGGUUGGUUUUUAUACUUAAUAACAUGGACAAAACACCAAGCAAAGAAUCAAAAAAGUCUAAAAAACGAAGAACAUCAACGGACACAUCCAAAAUAGAUGAUAAAGGAAUUAUACGUAAACAAAAAGAAUUAAUGAGAGUUUUGCAUGUGAAAACCUUUCAACUUCAACAUGGUAAUCUUUCAUAUUUGGAUUACGUGGAAUUACGGGAGGAAUUGCUUCGAUUAAACGCCCUUAAAGAUUUAUUUCACAGGAUGUCUGUUUAAGUGUUAGAAGUUAGAAGAUUGUGUAAUUUAAGGAAGAAAAGACGACUGCGC